CUCAUGAUGUCUGAAUAUUUUGGUGAUGUUUAGGAUGCUUGUGAUGAAUUUCAUGGGUUGGAGUUGACUCACACGCAUUUUCCCGGCAAAGCCGCCUCCUCCAGAGAUCUCCUCUGUCUAUUUUUCUCCCCCACCCUUUGCAGUGAUAAAUAAGAGACAUGUGUUGCAAUGUCAAAAUCGUUCUUUCUAGGAAACCAGGAUGACUGCACACUAAGAACAGCACGAGGCCCAAAUAUGGCUUUUCGCCCAUCCUCUAUAAACUAAACUUAUCCCUCCGUCCCUUUAUAAAUCCAUUCCGCUGCCUGUCUCUCUCUCCCUCUCGUGCGCGUGCAUAUUCACGCUAACCCUGUGUUCCCUUUUGUCUUUGUGUGUGUGUCUCUUUCUCACUGGCUCCGGUCUUCAGUUCCUCCACCAAUGACCUGUCCAACUUCGACCAUGGCUUUUUAAGAAGAAGUCCUGACCAGAACAGUUCCAGGGGAAGCAUGGAGAGUCUGGACCAUCUGCCGUCGGGAUACGCCCAUCCUUCCUGCCAUCUUUCGCCGGCCAAAUCCACCAGUAGCAUCGACCAACUGGGUCACCUUCACAGCAAGCGGGAUUCCGCUUACAGCUCUUUCUCCACCAGCUCCAGCACCCCGGAAUAUCAGCUGCCUCCCUUCUGCAAGGAGAGGUCCUACUCCAUGGAGAACGUGCAUUCCCGGGCCAGGCCGCAAGAAGGUGGCAUGCGUCAAGCAGACAUCAGGUACAUUAAGACGGUCUACAAUGCCCAGAGAGGAGUUUCAGAGGAAUAUGAAGUGAAGUCUUCUGCUCUCGUCCCCAGCAGUGAGGCCCACCCUCAAGGGUACAGCGCCAGCAGGCCGCAUGGCCACCACAAAGGUCCACAGGCGCGGAAUUCAUUGGACAACGAGAGCCAGUACACCAAAGGGCCUCCCAUGCCGCCCACCCGAAGUGAUAGCUACGCGGCACUCAGGCACCAUGACAGGCCCAGUUCUUGGUCUAGUCACGAACAAAGAAAGGCCUUGAGGACCCAUUCUAAAAAUGCUUGGCUUCUCCUAGGCCAGGGCACGCCGCCUACUGGACAGCUCUCAAAACCGGCAUUCCUAGAAGGGCAACUCCACACCGUCAUGGAGAGGAGUCCAGAGGGCAGUCCCAUCAUGAAGCCCAAACAAGGUUACCCCCAAGCUACUCAACCAGGACAGCCGCUGCUACCUACCGGCGUUUACCCCGUUCCUUCUCCCGAACCACAUUUUGCUCAGGUUCCUCACCCUUCGGCGAACAACAGCGGGCUGGUGUACCCGGCACUUGCCAAAGAGAGCGGACACGCUCCGGCUCCGGCUUCUUUUCCCGCUUCCUACGAAAAGGCCAUGCCCGGUAAGCCUCUUCCUGUCGUGGAUGAGAACGGAAACCAGAGCAUUCCAAGCAAAUCAACCGUCUUCUACCAUCCUGAAUGUGGACCUUCCGGAGCAGGGAAGAAAAAGAUGGACAACGAGACUUCGAAAGUCGUCUUGUACAGGACCCAUCCCCAAGCUUACCCAACCUCUCCGAGACAGGAGGACGAAGCAGAGCCCACCUAUAAUAUAGCACAACCCAACAUCCAAGAAAGUGCGAACGAGGCCCAGUACUUGAACCAUGCCUUUCAGCCUUGGUCAUUUCACCUACGGGAUGCGAUGGCUGAGAGCAAAGCCUGCUGCCCGUCAAAGGCAUACAGUUCAGAAGAUCAACAAGCGGAUAGGAAUGCCAACCUGCCAAUAAAUGAGUGCGAUCCUACCGCACAAAGCCAGUGGAAUCCCAACAAGGCGAAGCAGUACCUGUUCUCUUCCUUGCAAAAUAUCCCAGAGAGUACUCAGCUUCAAAACCUCAUGGAUUUGAAGGAGAUGCAAUCAGGAAGGAAUUGUCUGGGUGCCAAGUGGCAUAUUGUUAACUAUGCCAACCAGGAAGAAAAGGAUGUUAAAGAGCAGGUUCCAGAAUAUUGGCAGGACAGAGAAUGGCAUGCCACAGAAGAUCACCGAGAUGCCAUUACUAGUGCUGAUUAUAGCCACGACACGGAACCAAAUUUGGAGGAAUCUUCCUCUCCGUUGCUCCCAAAGACCUCCGAUUUCAGAGCUGACCAGUUCCGAUCUUGCAGCAACAACAGCUUUCAGCCCCCCUGGUCUGGGAAAAAGGAAUCUAGAAAGACCCGAUGUACUGUGCUGGAGAAGGUCAGCAAGAUAGAGCGACGGGAACAAGGCCAUCAGCGUCCACAGAGCGCAAAUAGCUUGAGCCAAAAUUCAAAGAAGUCCGCCGUUGAAGAUAGCCGACGUAGACAUAACUCUCAAGAAUACGGUCAAUUGCUGGAUGAACACGGCAGGCCGGCCAGCACAAAUAACUCCGACCUGUACCCAAAUGUACUCUACCUAAAUGAAAGAAGUAGUAGCAAACCAGAAAAGUCCAACCGGUAUUCUGCAGAGCAGCAGAGGGUAAUCGCAGCGGCUUUGGUAGCACCGCCUGAUCAUCAGAGCACCUACCGCCACGGGUGCUCCAGCAAGGAGUCACACAAAAAGUCUGGGCAGCUACAAAGGAGCAGAAGUACGUUCCAACUGUUGGAUGAAGCCGAGAGAGAGGUCUUACAGAAAGUCAGUGGUGCCAAGGAACCGCACGGUUCGCAGCGAGAUGCCCCCGUUAACAGGACCUACAGGAACAGCAUUAAGGAUGCCCAGUCGAAAGUUUUGAGGGCCACCUCGUUCAGACGCAAGGACCUCAACAUUAGCCCUGCCUUUGGGAAGGAGGUUCAGAGGAGUACCCCAAGACCCGCUUCAGCCCACACCGGGAUGAGGAGCACAACAGCUUCUCCGCAUACCCCAAAGGAGAGGCAUAGCAUCACACCGACGGAGAUAAAGAUGGAUCCUACCAAUAAAGACGCUCUCCCGGGACCUCUGCACGUGCACCGUAUCGGGGGAAGGAAACGGCUGACUUCCGAGCAGAAAAAGAGGUCUUACUCUGAACCGGAGAAGAUGAAUGAAAUAGGCGUCUCGGAUAAUGACCUCUCGCCGUCCUCGCUUCAGAAGAAGAUGCUCCAGUUUGUCUUCCAAGAGAGCACCGUGGCUGACCGACGCAAGAUCUUCGAGAAGGAGAACAAAGCUUGCUCCACCAUCAAUCUUUCCAGGCCGGAGCUGAAACAGCUGCAGCAAAACGCCCUGGCGGAUUACAUUAAGCGCAAAAUUGGGAAGCGCCCCUCUUCGGCUUCCCAAGAAAGGGAAGGCUCGCAGACCCCAUGCCGGCAAACGAACGGCCAAGAGAGUCAGCCUUUGUCCCCAGCUUCUAGCAUGAAUUCUCUCCAAGACCAGAGCCUCUUUCAUACUAGGGAGUCUCUCGAAUGGGCCUCUCGAAUGGGCCAUGUUUAUUCUCCGCUGCCCGGGCUUCAUGGUUGCUUUAAUCCCGUUGAAUUCGAGAGCAAGAUGGCGGGCCACCCAAGUCAUGGUGGCAGCAAAGGCUCCACGCCCAGUUGGCUAAAAGCAGAUGGCCGCCCAGAUCAUAGAGUUAAUCCAGAGCUUACCAAAAGCACUCAGACCGAUCUUGACCUUUGCACCUCACCGCACCCCGUCAGUCAGGUCCUGGAGAAAAAGACGCGGCUGAUCAAGAAGCCUGGGAAAUCGGCUUCGGCAGAAGACUUGCUGGACAGGACAGAAAACCAGCCUAUGACCAUGCACGUCCGAUCCAGGUCAUCUCCCUCGGCGGAUAAAAUGUGCCAGGAUUUCCAGGUGGAAGACAGUAAUCAAAUCUCUCAUUUUAUGAAAGAUCCUUUCUACGUACUGGGUGCUACAAGCAGGUCAUUCGGCAAUAGCAAAAGAGGCCACCUGGAAAAAUCGGCCUUCACGCAGUACCGCCCUCAUCACAGCAGUGAGAAUGUGGGUAGCUCAGUGCCGCCCGCCGAGAGGCAGAAGGUCCCCGAUAUUCUCCGACAUCACAGCCGGACCUCAGCCUUUGUCUCCCCCUGCCCAGAGAUGAAGGAGAAGCAUUCCAGUGCCAAGCAAGGCUUCAGGCGGGUCGCCCCUUCCAAAACGAGCUAUUCCUCUCGCGGUUCGGCAUCCUCCACCCCGACUCUUUCAGACUUCUCCACUGCUGGAGACAACCCGCUCACAAGAUGGCCGCCCAGAGCUGACAAGGAAGACAAUAACAAAGCUCAGAGCCAGGUCCUGGAAAGUGUUCACCCCCCAGGCAAAGAGCCAUCAGAAGAAACAACUUGGAGGUCCAAGUCUACUCUGUCUCAAAGACAACCCCCAGCUAAAGUGAAGUGGGCCAGGGAGGACAACCACCCAAAGAGCUCCACCUCUGUUCAAACAUCUGGCCAGAAGGGUUUCCAACCGUGGCAUGGGAUCCCCUCUAAGAAUAGUUCCUUCUCUGAGCCAGAAUCUCUCUCUGGCCAAGGGAGGUUCUCCCUUCGCAUCUCAGAGACCUGCCUCCAGAUGUCCCCACCACCAUUCGGUCGAGAAGAGGACGAUGAUGAUGUUUUCAUCCAAGAAACCCAGGCUCAUCCUAGGGGUGCUAUCUCAGAAUAUCCACCACCGCCUGAAAGUCCCAGUGACAACCUGGAAGACUUUCCGUCGCCGCCGCCAAGUGUGGCAUUCGAAGAGGAUUAUCCAGCAUCAGACAGCUCUAUUAGUCUCGCGGAGGAGAAGAUAGCAACAAGGAACCUCAAAGCUUUUUCCAGGGACUUCACGGCGAGAGAGAAACUAGGACCAGAUUUCCUCAGGACCCACAUUUCUCCAGCUGUUGGAUCUUCAGAACCCAAAGCAACCGGAGUCCUUCCUUCUCCGGAAGCCCAAGAGCACCAUGCUGCCACUGAAGGAACGGUUGAGAAGGAAGAAGCUGCAAGGGCAAACGAGGAAUCCAAGAAGAAGGAGCUCCGCCUCAAGAAGAAUAAAAGGAAAGAGAAAACUCGGGAGGAUCUGAAAGAGGAGUCCUUGGCUAAGGAAAUUGUGCACAAGGACAAGUCACUUUUGAGCAUCCUGGAUCCCGAUUCGAAGAUGAAGACCACGAUGGAUCUCAUGGAGGGGAUUUUCCCCAGAGGCUCCCGGGUGCUUAAAGAAAGUGCAAAGAAGAGAAUAAUGCAGAAAAGGAUAAAGGAUUCUGCCAGUAAUUUCUCUCCAGCCGGCAACAAGAAUGACGAGAAGGAAGCUGCUAAUAUGCCUGUCACCUGCCCAACGUACUACAGUGUGUCUGUACCCAAAGCUGAACUUUUGAAUAAAAUCAAGAAUUUGCCUGAAGAGGCAGGUGGGGAUGAUGAACAGGUGGACAUCAAUGAGAAGAAGGCUGAACUCAUUCAGAGCUUGACCCACAAACUAGAGAUUCUGAAGGAAGCCAAGGAGAGCCUCCUAGCAGACAUCAAGCUGAACAACACCUUGGGAGAGGAAGUGGAGUCCCUGAUCAGCGGCCUGUGCAAGCCCAAUGAAUUUGACAAGUACCGAAUGUUCAUUGGCGACCUGGAUAAGGUGGUCAGCCUCUUGCUUUCCCUCUCAGGGCGCCUGGCUCGAGUGGAGAACGUCCUCAGCAGCCUCGGCGAAGAUGCGGAUAAACAAGAAUGGGUUUCUCUGAACGAAAAGCGGAAGAUGUUAGCCGGCCAGCAUGAAGACGCCCGUGAGUUGAAGGAUAACCUGGACCGUCGAGAACGUGUGGUCUUGGACAUCCUGUGCAGCUACCUCUCAGAGGAACAACUUCAGGAUUACCAACACUUUGUGAAGAUGAAAUCGGGGCUGCUUAUAGAACAGCGGGAACUGGACGACAAGAUCAAGCUAGGGCAGGAACAACUCAAGUGUCUCUUAGAGAGCCUCCCCACAGAAUAUUUCCUCGAGAGCAAAAUGGCCGCUGAACCUCCAGCGAUCCCGGGGACCAACCCUGAUAACAGAUCGACCCCAUCUUUCCUCUGACCUUCUCCAGACGAAGCUCACAUUAAAACACACAAACCCCUUGCAUUAAUUUAAUCCGAGGCAGAGUUUAACUUUUGAAAUCGAAGGCGGAUUCGUUUUUCUUUUUCGAAUUGACGUAGGGAAACUCACAAACAGCCACGAAGGCUUUACGUUCUCUUUUUUUGUUGUUGUUCUUUUUUGGGGGCCAAAGGUGCUUUUUCAAAAAGGCAACUGGAGUUUAUUUUUCUCGGAAGACGUUUCGCUUCCCAGCCGAGAAGCUUCUUCAGUUCUGACUCAAGAAGCUUCUUGGAUGAGAAGCCAAACGUCUUCAAGGAAAAAAGAAAAGUCCAGUUGCCUUUUUUGAAAAAAGGCCUUUAGGACAACCAGGAUCUGGAUGAUUGAGAAGCUCCAUAGAUAUAUACUAUAUAUUUUUUCCCUUCUAUCUAACAAUCACAGCAAAUCUGUCUGGAGCACAUGAGAAAGGACCUUGUUAUAGUGGCUCAAAAUGACCCAGGAAGGAAAGCCUUGUGACCUAGGAAGGACAUUUGCUUCCGACUGUUCUGAGUUCAAGUCGUGCCCGUUAAAGGAGCGCCCUCUCCGAGCUCCAAAUUAAAUUAUGAAGGAUCUACAACAAUGAAGCCUUAAUUAAAAUAUCGAUGAGCUCUCUGCUGUGUCUUGGACAAUAUUUAUAUUUUUUAAAGCUACGAGACAGAAUUCCGUAAAAGAUUUUGUACAUACUCUACUAACUGGUUGUUUUGAUUUUAUUUCAACAACAUGGGGAGGGCGGGGGGUAUGGUUUUAAUUUUGUGUGUGUGUGUGUGUGUGUGCUUAACAACAACAAAAAGAAGCACCUCCCCUCCCCAUGUGGGGAGGGGCAGACACCAUAGUUUGGAGCAGCUGUGUGGAUGAUACUUCAAAGGACAGACCGAAAAAGCUUUGGGGUCCGAGCCAGGGAUUCCUCGUGCACACAACUAUUGACACGCAACGAGUUAACUUUGUGCUCAUCCACUCAGAAAUGGGACGCAGAAGCAGU